CGACCUGGGUGGACAGGAGCGGCAGGAGAGCAGGGCGUCGGCCUCAUCAUCUGUAGAUGACUUCAGUCUCUACCUAGCGUAGGUGUCAUGAGCUCCCCAGAAGCGCGCAGCUUGCGGGGGCCGCUGUCGGGGGGCGCCUCCCCCAGCACCGAGGACGGCUUCUUUCCCUUCGUGCUGGAGCGGCGGGACUCAUUUCUGGAAGGAGGCGGCCCGGGGCCCGAGGAGCCGGAGGACCUGGCGUUGCAGCUGCAGCAGAAGGAGAAGGACCUGCUGCUGGCCGCUGAGCUGGGCAAGAUGCUUCUGGAGCGCAAUGAGGAGCUGCGGCGGCAGCUGGAGACGCUGAGCGCCCAGCACUCCGAGCGCGAGGAGCGGCUGCAGCAGGAGAACCAUGAGCUCCGCAGGGGCCUGGCAGCACGGGGGGCCGAGUGGGAGGCCCGAGCCGUGGAGCUGGAAGGGGAUGUGGAGGCAUUGAGGGCCCAGCUGGGGGAGCAGCGUUCGGAGCAGCAGGACAGCGGGCGCGAGCGGGCACGAGCCCUUGGCGAGCUCAGCGAACAGAAUCUCCGGCUCAGCCAGCAGCUGGCACAGGCCUCCCAGACUGAGCAGGAACUUCAGAGAGAACUCGAUGCCCUUCGGGGGCAGUGCCAGGUGCAGGCCCUGGCUGGGGCCGAGCUGAGGACACGGCUGGAGAGCCUACAGGCAGAGAACCAGAUGCUGCAGAGCCGCCGACAUGACCUCGAGGCCCAGAUCCGAGGCCUGCGUGAGGAGGUGGACAAGGGCCAGGGCCGGCUGCAGACCACCCAUGAGGAGUUGCUACUGCUAAGGCGGGAAAGGAAGGAGAGCAGUCUGGAGCUGGAUCGCGCGCGCUUCGAGGCUGCCGAGGCGCUGAGCUCGCUCCGAAGGCUGCAGCGGCGAGUUUCGGAGCUGGAGGAAGAGUCUCGUCUCCAGGAUGCCGAUGUGUCCGGGGCCUCUCUGCAGUCAGAGCUCGCCCACAGCCUCAACGGUGACCAGGAUGGGGACGCCAAUGCUUUCCAGGUGAGCCAGACCACCGCGGCCCUGGCGACUCAAGUGGUGUCCAGCGCCCAGACUUCUCCCCAGGAAGAGAGCUUGGAACCCCCCAAGAAGCGAGCACCCUUGAGCCCAGGGGAAAUACUGGAGGAGAGGGAGGCCGAAGUGACCAGGCUGCAGGAUGAGGUCGCACUGCAGAGCGCAGAGCUGCAGACCCUGCGGGAGGAGCUGCAGCGGCAGAAAGAGCUCCGCGCCCAGGGAGACCUCGGGGAGGCGCUCCGCGGCGCGCUCUCCGACCGGGACGAGGCGGUGAACAAGGCCCUGGAGCUGUCCCUGGAGCUGAGCCGCGUCUCGCUGGAGCGGGACUCCCUGUCCCGGGAGCUGAUGCGCGCCAUCCACCAGAAGGUGGCGCUUACGCAGGAGCUGGAGGCUUGGCAGGACGACAUGCAGGUGGUGAUCGGUCAGCAGCUGUGCUCCCAGCGCCAGAAGGAGCUGAGCGCUGCAGCCGCGGCCCCACGCCGUGCCACGACCCGCUUCUCGCUGCGCCUGGGCCCGGGGCAGGCUGGUGGCUUCCUCAGUAACCUCUUCCGAAGGACCUGAGGGCUGGACUACCGUGACUGCCAGUCCUGGGCUCACUUUCCUCUAAUGGCCCAUGGAGCAACAAGGCCCAGAUGAUUUCCAAGUGGUGCCCUCCCCUCCCCAGGAGGCGGACAGGAGCUCUUUGGGAACAGGAGCUAGCUUUGGGGCUAAGGCCCCAGGUGGGUGGCGGGGGCAAGCAGGGCAGAGAUAUUUUUUGAAUCUACAUAGGUCUAUCUUUUGUAAGUACCAGGCCCCUGCUCUGGCCUGCUCUGGGAGUAGGCGUGGGAGUGGGUAUUUAUGUAUUAAGGUUGGACAGAGUAAUAUAUAACUCACUACAACAA